ACAAAUUUUCUUUAUUUUUUUUUGUCGCGGAACAUGCAUAUGAUAUCCCCGCGACCGGUCCUAGAUCGCAGGGAAGUCAGGAGCUCUAGUGGGUGUUUCCCACCUGCGCCAGGGCGGUUAUGGCCUAGCGCACAGCAUCUGGCGGGCCAAUUCAAGAAUUUUUCUGAGCAUGUCCCUCAUUGAUAUCUUAUCGCUGCCCACCCGAAAAUCCGCUACAGUACGAACUAGGGGACCCUACCGUAGGCGGUCGAGUCACGAACCUGCCGGCACCUGCAUCUCAAAGAUAUUCUACUUCUCGACUCGACUCGACUCGACUCUUGCCAAUCUCCUCCUGUAACUUUCAGACAAGGUCAAUUGACUCCAGGAAGGGGCGCAUCUGACAUCAGAUCUGUCGAGAGGCCCUUUAGUCCAUAGCUUGGAGAACGUAGCUCUUACACAGCUGGCUACCAUAGCUAUGGCUUUCUCCACAAAGCUCGCCCAUCGCGCACCCGCGGCCGUUCGCGGUGGACGGCGACUACCAACCGUCUUGCCUCGCAGGCAGUUGACCUCGACCAGCUUCCCUUCCCCAGCCUACACCAAGCUGGUCUCUGCCACCAGGGCCUCGCAAUGGAACCAGAGGAGGAAUUUCACAGCCUCGGCAGCCUGCUGCAACAGUGGUAUUGCCCAGGAGGCUCCCAACCCCAAGGCCUACCUUGAGAGCGGUGUCAUAAAACCCAAGGAGAUGGUCGAUGUCAAGAAGGUCCUUGUCAUUGGUAGCGGUGGUCUUGCCAUUGGCCAGGCUGGAGAGUUCGAUUACUCAGGUUCUCAAGCCCUGAAGGCUCUCAAGGAGGCCGGUGUCGCCUCUGUUCUUAUCAACCCCAACAUUGCUACCAUUCAGACUGCCCACGUGCUCGCCGAUGAGGUCUACUACCUCCCCGUCACCCCUGAAUAUGUCUCCUACGUUAUCGAGAGGGAACGCCCUGACGGAAUCUUCUUGUCCUUCGGUGGACAGACUGCGCUGAAUCUGGGUGUGCAGAUGCAGCGAAUGGGUCUGUUUGAGCGUUACGGCGUCAAGGUGCUGGGUACCAGCGUUCAUACCUUGGAGUUGAGUGAAGACCGAGACCUCUUUGCCAAGGCCUUGAACGAGAUCAACAUCCCCAUUGCACACUCCAUCGCUGUCAACACUGUCGAUGAGGCUCUGGACGCUGCUGAGAAGGUCGGCUAUCCCAUCAUUGUCCGAGCCGCCUUUGCUCUUGGUGGCCUUGGCUCCGGCUUCGCCAACGACAAGGAGGAGCUCCGCAACAUGGCAGCUCGAUCCCUCACCUUGUCGCCGCAGAUUCUUGUUGAGAAGUCCCUCAAGGGCUGGAAAGAAGUUGAGUACGAGGUCGUUCGUGAUGCCAACGACAACUGCAUCACUGUGUGCAACAUGGAGAACUUCGACCCCCUCGGUACCCACACUGGUGACUCCAUCGUUGUCGCUCCCAGUCAGACAUUGAGUGACGAGGAAUACCACAUGCUGCGAACCGCUGCCAUCAAGAUCGUUCGCCACCUUGGAGUUGUUGGAGAGUGCAAUGUCCAGUACGCCCUGCAGCCUGAUGGUCUUGACUACCGUGUCAUCGAGGUCAACGCCCGCCUGUCUCGUUCAUCUGCUCUGGCUUCCAAGGCCACUGGCUACCCUCUUGCCUACACUGCCGCAAAGAUUGGUCUUGGCCACAGCUUGCCUGAGCUUCCCAACGCCGUUACCCGCACAACCACAGCCAACUUCGAGCCAUCUCUGGAUUACAUCGUCACCAAGAUCCCCCGAUGGGAUCUGGCCAAGUUCCAGCAUGUCAAGCGUGACAUUGGCAGUGCUAUGAAGUCUGUGGGUGAAGUUAUGGCUAUCGGGCGAACUUUCGAGGAAUCCUUCCAGAAGGCUAUCCGACAGGUCGACCCCAACUUCCUUGGUUUCCAGGGAGACAAGUUUGACAACCUCGACGACGUCCUUGCAAACCCCACGGAUCGCCGUUGGUUGGCUGUCGGUCAAGCUAUGCUUCACGAGGGCUAUACCGUCGACCGGGUACACGAGCUGAGCAAGAUCGACAAGUGGUUCCUGUACAAGCUUCAAAACCUCGUCAACUGCGUUCGCGAGAUGGAGGCUGUUGGUAGCUUGGAGAACAUGAAGCGUGAUCUUGUGCUCAAGGCCAAGAAGAUGGGCUUCUCUGACAAGCAAAUUUCCAAGGCCGUCAACAGUGACGAGAAGUCGGUCCGCGCACACCGUCUCGGCAUGGGUAUUCGCCCAUGGGUUAAGAAGAUCGACACUUUGGCUGCUGAGUUCCCUGCUGACACCAACUACCUGUACACCACCUACAACGCCAGCACGCACGACGUCACUUUCGACGACAAGGGAACUGUCAUCUUAGGAUCAGGUGUCUACAGAAUUGGAAGCUCCGUCGAGUUCGACUGGUGCGCUGUAUCUGCCACCCUAGCACUGCGAAAGAUGGGAAAGAAGACUGUGAUGAUCAACUACAACCCCGAGACUUACUCCACUGAUUUCGACACCGCCGACAAGCUGUACUUCGAAGAGCUCAGCUAUGAACGUGUCAUGGAUAUCUACGAACUCGAGAAUGCUUCUGGUGUUGUCGUCUCCGUCGGUGGUCAACUUCCUCAGAACAUUGCCCUUCGCCUCCAAGAGGAAGGCAAGGCUAACGUCCUUGGUACUGACCCUAAGGAUAUUGACAAGGCCGAGGACCGACAGAAGUUCUCUGAGAUCCUCGACAGCAUUGGCGUCGACCAGCCUGCCUGGAAAGAGCUGACUUCAGUUGCCGAGGCUGAGAAGUUCGCCCAGGACGUCGGUUACCCCGUUCUUGUCCGGCCCAGUUACGUUCUCUCUGGGGCUGCCAUGACUGUCAUUCGAAGCCAAGGAGACCUCAAGGAGAAGCUUGAAGCUGCCAGCAACGUGUCCCCCGAUCACCCUGUUGUCAUCACCAAGUUCAUCGAGGGCGCCCAAGAGAUCGACGUCGACGGUGUCGCUUCCAAGGGCGAACUUAUCGUUCAUGCUAUCAGCGAGCACGUCGAGCAGGCCGGUGUUCACUCCGGCGAUGCCACCUUGGUCUUGCCCCCUACCAACCAGGACGAACGUACCAUGGAACGCCUCAAGGAGAUCGCCCAGAAAGUUGCCAAGGCCUGGAGCAUCACCGGACCCUUCAAUAUGCAAGUAAUUAAGGCUACCAACCCAGAGGGUGGUGAGCCUCUGCUGAAGGUCAUUGAGUGCAACCUCCGCGCUUCUCGAUCUUUCCCCUUCGUCAGCAAGGUAUUGGGUACCAACUUCAUCGAUGUCGCCACCAAGGCUCUCGUCGGCCAAGAUGUGCCUGAGCCCACUGACUUGAUGGCCGCCAAGCGUGACUAUCUUGCUGUCAAGGUUCCCCAGUUCUCCUGGACUCGUCUUGCUGGUGCUGAUCCUUUCCUCGGUGUCGAGAUGGCCAGUACUGGCGAGAUGGCUUGUUUCGGUAAGGACCUCGUGGAGGCUUACUGGACUUCAAUGCAGUCUUCCAUGAACUUCCGUGUCCCCGAGCCUGGUGAGGGUAUCCUCUUUGGCGGUGAGACCUCCAAGCCCUGGUUGACCACGAUUGUGGAUUACCUCUCACCCCUUGGCUACAAAUUCUAUGCUGCCGGCAAUGAUGUCAAGGAGUUCCUCGAGUCUUCAACCAAGGAUAAGGUCAAGGUUGAGGUUAUCGAGUUCCCCAAGGAGGACAAGCGCGCCCUUCGUGAGGUCUUCCAGAAGUACGACAUCAAGGGUGUGUUCAAUCUGGCUUUGGAAAGAGCCAGGACCACAACUGAUGUUGACUACGUCAUGCGACGAAACGCUGUGGACUUUGGUGUUCCGUUGUUCAUGGAGCCCCAGACCGCCAUGCUAUUUGCUCAAUGUAUCAGCGAGAAGCUCCCUCGCAAGGAGGGUAUUCCUUCCGAAGUUCGCCGAUGGUCGGACUUCAUUGGCGGCAAGCCUCUGUAAAUAUCUUGGAGAUUCGGUUCCGGUUCUAGAGAAAAUAUGUGCUUUCGCCUUACUAAAUAUCCGUCCAUUCCAUGGCCAUGUUGGGUCGGGUUGCCAGGCGUUCAUAUGACGGUUUGCGACAUUCUGGUGGUGGGCAAUUUUGGGUCUGAAAUUUUCAUAGUGAAUACCAAGCGAAGUGAAACUUGAA